AUGAGCCGGGCGGACAUGGUUCACUACUUGGACGUGAGAGGUUGCCAUGCUGCUCGAGUGGAUGCUGAGCCUCGUGUGGGCGUGCUCAUGGACCUGGGGAAAAUCAGAUCCAGCCUGCCCGCGAUCCUGGGUUCCGCGUGUGCUGCUGCAAACCCCGCUGCUCCAUCUGUCCCUGCUGGUUCUCCUGCUACCUGUGAUGCUUCUCCAGCGUGGUCCUUCUGCUGGCGCUGCAGCAGCUGCUGGGCUGCCUACCGCCGUGCUGUCAGCUUCGCUACCUUCCUCGUGCUAGUGGCAACUCUAUGGAAGGCCCGCAUAGACGCAGCCUCUGCAACAUUGGCGGCUCUUGUGUCUGAGCUUGGGGUGUGCAGGCAGGAGGAGCAGGACUGCUUUGCUUCAACGCUGGUGCAGGUGCUGGGGGUGAAGGAGAGUGCUGAUCUGCAGGAAGGGUUCGGUUUUUUCAUGCAGCAUCGGCUGCGUGUCAGCGUGGAGAAGGUGCAGGCAGAGGGGAAGCGGGAGAAAGGGAAGAGAGCUUUCGCUUUGGGCAAUGCGGGGCCAAUUGCAACGGUUGCGAUGAAGCUGAUGGGAGGUGGCAGGGGAGUAGAGAGCAUUGGAGGAGGCCGUACGGUGGGCCUGGGGGGAAUUCUGCCGGCCCCAGGGGUUAGGGAGGAUGGAGGAGACGGGAACGGCGGCAGUCAGGGGGGGGAUGGAGGUGCGGGCAAUGGGGCCAGAACUUUCAGGGAUGUUGGAUGGAGAGAGCAUCUGAAGGGGCGUGAGUGGGAGAGGUAUGUGGAUGGCAUGGCUUGGAUUUUGGAGCAUGGAGGGGGGGAAGGGAGGGGGCUCAGUGGGAGGAGUGGCCCCAAGGCGAGGAGUGGCCCCAAGGCGAGGAGUGGCCCCAAGGCGAGGAGUGGCCCCAAGGCGAGGAGUGGCCCCAAGGCGAGGAGUGGCCCCAAGGCGAGGAGUGGCCCCAAGGCGAGGAGUGGCCCCAAGGCGAGGAGUGGCCCCAAGGCGAGGAGUGGCCCCAAGGCGAGGAGUGGCCCCAAGGCGAGGAGUGGCCCCAAGGCGAGGAUUGGCCCCAAGGCGAGGAGUGGCCCCAAGGCGAGGAGUGGCCCCAAGGCGAGGAGUGGCCCCAAGGCGAGGAGUGGCCCCAAGGCGAGGAGUGGCCCCAAGGCGAGGAGUGGCCCCAAGGCGAGGAAGUGCAGCCAGUGCAUGGAGUGCCUGAGCGCCUUUGUCCAACACAUCCCCUGUUGCGCUCUCAUUGCCAAUUUCGCCUAUCGCCCCAUUGAAGCCCUUUUCAACCGCUUUCUCGCGGCCUUUCCCCCCCAGGCCCCUGAGUUUGACCAUUUGCUGAAGGCGCUGCUGCUGCGGUCGCCCCUCACUGUUGAGCAGAUGAAAUCAAUCAAUGUUUCAGCGGCUGCAGGCAUGAGGAGGGGUGUGAGUGGGAUGCGCCAAAGGGCAGAGCAGGUGCUUUGGCUACCUACAAAUUCAGGCAUGAGGGAGAGCGUGAUGCGUCACAAGGUGCAAGAGAUGCCUGUCUUCUUCUUGCUAGCCGUUGCCUUGUAUCAUGCCAAGGCCAUAACCAGACUCAUUGGCCCUGAGGAGGAAGUUGGUGGGAGUGGGGAGGAAGAGGAUUUGGGCAAUGAUAAGGAGGGAGAUGGGGAUGUGUGGCAGGAGGUGCGAUCAUGUGCAUCCGUUUCAGCCACUAAAGGCUCUGGUCCCUUCGCUGGUGGGGAACGUGCGUGCGGUGUUGCAGGGUGUGGGAUAGUGGAGGGUGGUGGUGUGAAGCUGAGAAGCUGUGGUGGGUGUGGAAAGGUGGCGUAUUGCAGCAGAGAGUGCCAAAAGGCGCACUGGCCCUCCCACAAGCUCACUUGCCCCGGCAGGACCAAUGGCAAGAAGAUUGGAAAGGAUGAGAGCAAGGAUGGCAGCGGCAAUAGUGGCACGACGAUUAGCCAGGUGAGUGGGCAAGGUGGGUAG